AAGGGAAAGGAAAGGAAAGGAAAGGAAAGGAAAGGAAAGGAAGGGAAGGGAAGGGAAGGGAAAGGAAAAGUACUAGAAUGUCUAGGAGGGAUGUCUUCGUAGACACUGCAGCAAGAGAAUAACCUGUAAGAAUGUGUAUCAUAUUCUUAUAUAGUGAGCACUGGGUUACCUAAGCAAGUCUCACCAGCUAUGUAUCUUAUGGAGACAAUCCCUGCAGUGUCUCUCAAAAGGACAUGACAACCUCAAUAUGAAUUAAUUGAAAAAAAUUAGAGUAUAACACCUUUUUAGAUUCCAGUGUUUAUCUGCUCCAUGAUAUGGACAGAUUUAUAUUAUCAAUUAAGCUGCAGAAGAAGGCUUACUAAAAUGUUAAGCUAUCACAGUGGAGGUGUAAAGUCCGUAAACACAGCAGACACUGUAUCUCGCAGACUUAGAGAUCAAAAUAGUUACAUAUUUAUCUAUUCAGUACAGUUCAUACCAACAUUUUUAACACUAAGAAACACAUCAUCGCAACAAUGAAAAUGUACAUUUACACAAAAGCUAGAAGUCAAAACAGAAAGAUAAAACAAUGAAGCCAUGAUAGGACAGCAACUCAAAAGUUUAAGGUGAUGCUGUAUCACACAGAAAACUUAACUCUAAAUACAUUUUCUGCUUUUACAAGCGAUGUACUUUUGUCUGUGCAUUUAACAUGACGUACAUCCUAAGAGAUGUAUAUAAAGCACUCAACCUGCAGAUGGGGCUGCCUUGAGUCUGAAAACCAGUCAUAUGUAUACUUUGUGUCUAUGUACGUGUUAAAAUAAGUUUUGGUUCUAUAUAUUUUUUGCAGUGCAAAUGUGUAUGAUAUGAUUUUAGUAAUUCACACGGAAAAGUGGUGCAUAUUUCGAGACAGGUCACGGAAGUUGUGUUAGUAAUGACCCUUAUAGUGAGUCCAGUAUUACUGCAAAUUAUUGGCUUUGUCACCCAACUGCAGACAGUUCUCUGAGCCUGUCAGUCACCUAGUAGGGGCAGGAAUGGGACAUUUUUUUGUUUAACACUCUUCUAAAAUUCAGCUUCUGAGAUGUAAGAAAAAGCAAUAAAAAUCACAAAAACUUGAAAUAAUUAUAUGUAUUCAAAAGCAAUCAAAACUAUACACUGUAUAGUAUUACACAAUCAAUGACAAAAUAUGAAUGAUACACAGAAGUAAAUAACAUUCAUUACAGCACCCAACUACACAUGCACAUAAAAAGAUUUCACAGUUUGCUGCCCCGUCCCAUACUGAUUCAUCAGUAUGUAUAUAUGGUAAACACCUAACAAAAAAGAAUGGAAUCUGGAAUACAGGAAGUAACAAAUCUAGCCCAGCUGUAUCCCCAAAGUUCCUCCUUUCCUGUGACAGUGCAGUAGCCUAGUAAGCUCCCCAGUUAGAAGUCAUAAAUUAGCACCUCAGUUAACAGGAAGCACCCCAGUUAGAAGUCAUAAAUUAGCACCUCAGUUACCAGGAAGCACCCUAGUUAGAAGUCAUAAAUUAACACCUCAGUUACCAGGAAGCACCCCAGUUAGAAGUCAUAAAUUAGCACCUCAUUUACCAGGAAGCACCCCAGUUAGAAGUCAUAAAUUAGCACCUCACUUACCAGGAAGCACCCCAGUUAGAAGUCAUAAAUUAGCACCUCACUUACCAGGAAGCAUGCCAGUUAGAAGUCAUAAAUUAGCACCUCAGUUACCAGGAAGCAUGCCAGUUAGAAGUCAUAAAUUAGCACCUCAGUUACCAGGAAGCAUCCCAGUUAGAAGUCAUAAAUUAGCACCUCAGUUACCAGGAAGCACCCCGGUUAGACAUCAUAAAUUAGCACCUCAGUUACCAGGAAGCAUGCCAGUUAGAAGUCAUAAAUUAGCACCUCAGUUACCAGGAAGCACCCCAGUUAGAAGUCAUAAAUUAGCACCUCAGUUACCAGGAAGCACCCCAGUUAGAAGUCAUAAAUUAGCACCUCAGUUACCAGGAAGCAUGCCAGUUAGAAGUCAUAAAUUAGCACAUCAGUUACCAGGAAGCACCCCAGUUAGAAGUCAUAAAUUAGCACCUCAGUUACCAGAAAGCACCCCAGUUAGAAGUCAUAAAUUAGCACCUCAGUUACCAGGAAGCACCCCAGUUAGAAGUCAUAAAUUAGCACCUCAGUUACCAGGAAGCAUGCCAGUUAGAAGUCAUAAAUUAGCACCUCAGUUACCAGGAAGCAUGCCAGUUAGAAGUCAUAAAUUAGCACCUCAGUUACCAGGAAGCAUGCCAGUUAGAAGUCAUAAAUUAGCACCUCAGUUACCAGGAAGCAUGCCAGUUAGAAGUCAUAAAUUAGCACCUCAGUUACCAGGAAGCAUGCCAGUUAGAAGUCAUAAAUUAGCACCUCAGUUACCAGGAAGCAUCCCAGUUAGAAGUCAUAAAUUAGCACCUCAGUUACCAAGAAGCAUCCCAGUUAGAAAUCAUAAAUUAACACCUCAGUUACCAGGAUCCAACACAAAGUCCAUAUUAUACAGGAUAACAAAAAGGACCAGUUUCCAGGAUAAGUUGUCAUCUUCAUACAUAACAUUGCCAGUAGUAUUUAGACUGGCUCGUAUCUCAUUUGUCCUGUACCACAUACCCCAUGCCAAGUAGUAUUGACACUGGCUCCAAUCUCACAUGUCCUACUCCAGUAGUACUGACUGACUUCUAAUCUCAUGUGUCCCACACCAAGUAGUGCUGACACCGAUUCUAAUUUCACGUGCCACAUGCUAAGUAUUGGCUCUAAUCUCACAUGUCCCAUGCCAAGUUUUUCUGAUGCUGGCUCUGAUCUCACAUGUCCUGUACCAAGUAGUGCUAACACUGGCUUUGAUCUCACAUGUCCAAUGCACUGCAGUACUGACACGAGUUCUAAUAUCACAUGUCCCAUGCCAUGUAGCGCUGACACUGCCUCUGACCUCACAUAUCCAACACCAAGUAGUAUUAACACUGGCUCUAAUCUCACAUGUUGUAUUCCCAGUAUUACAGACAAUGACUCCACCUUAAUGUUCACCUCCAGCACCAUUAGCAAUGCCUGAGCUUGACAUGUUUCACCUCUAGUAUUACAGCCACUGCUCCACUGCUGAAUGUGUCACUUCCAGUAUUGUUAACAGUGUUUGUGCCUUCAUAUGAGAUACUCCCUGUAUUACUGUGACUGACACUGCCCUCACAUCUCCUGACCUACUCUUAGUAUUAGUGUCACUGCCCCACAUUGUUAUUGACAGUGGUUUUGUCCCCAUCAUGUUCCACACCCCGUAGUUCUGUCCCCAAUAUGUCCCACUCAGUACUACUGACACUCUGUGCUCUUCAUGCCACAUUCCUAGUAUUACUAACACUUUCUUUCCCAGUCCAAUCAUACCCCACUUCAAUAUCACUGACAGUGCCCAAAGUGGUCUGUGUGUUAGCAUGGCUCCAAAUACAGUCUACAUAAGUGUCCCCUAAUAUUUUGCCUGCUACAGCUCACAAAAGAGAUAAAGUUAAACUAACAUUUGGUGCACCUAACUUUAGUCAUGUAUAGCACCACUCCUCUUACUUUCCUACUACUAACCCCAAUGUGUUCAUGCACUACAGAAAGUAAGUUUUAAUGUGUCAUAUUAUUUUGAAUACUAGUUAUUUAGGUCAAAAUUAAAAGAAAUCCUAAUGUCAAGUGUUCUACAGUAGCCCCCCCCCCCCCGAAGCUUUCUAGCUUUGUGCAGAGUAUUUCUGAUGGGCUUCCAUUAAACAAGUCAGGUGAAGUAUAUAACAUAAAGUAUAUAACAUAAAGGAAGCAACAACUUAUCUUCAGGAAGAAGACACUCUGUUUUCCAUGUGUCACAUUCUCAGAAUUACCAACUUCACAUGAUUGAGAAAAACACACAUAGAGAAAAGUCAUGUAUGCUGUAAAGGGGAUUCUGAUGUGACAGCUAGAUAUUAAACAUAGACCCUAGGCUCAUAGUUAGUCACAUCACCAGUGUCUUCUUUGUGUAAGACAAUUAAUUAAAUGAGAGGGCUAAGUGAGGCUAAUGAACAGGUAAACAUGAAUGCUUAGUUAUGCAAAUGUUGCAGUGCAAGUCGUAAAACCUGAAUGUCACUGCUGACAUGAUUACUGGAGACCACCAUAAGGAAGGGUGCUGGGGAGACAAUAGCAUUUUUCAUUUGUGUCUGGUACCUGUGAUUUGCUUCAUGCCUGACUACCCAUAUAUGAUCACAAAAUUAACAACCUAUCACACUUUAUUAGCCAACCCCCCCUCAGCUGCCCAUUGUGCUUAUAUUCAAUAUCCAGUCCAUAAACACCACAUAUAUGUAAGGAUGUAUAAUAGUCUUUAUGCACACAAAGUGUUUGAGUUCCAUUUCUGCUGUGCAUCGGCACUAUGUAAAAUACUCUUGAACUGUAGAGAUGAGACACUUGUCUGGUCACUUUUCGGAAACCCGUUCUGUCACUGAUAUCUGUUUGCCCACAGUAUUUUCUGUUGAUGAGUAUGAUUUAUUGCAUAUCACAAGGUGCCAUUCUAUAAUGCCGGACUUUAACACUCUGACCACUGGCUAGUAAACUAGGCAAGUCUGCAGAAGUCACACAGGUCAUAGAUGCAGUACCAGGCAAAUGUUUUAAAUCACAUGAUCAAGCCCUUGUGCUUGACUUCUGGGAUUCCUUCCCCUUAACAACCUACAAAAGUGCUAUUAUAAUUACAGAAAUGAAGGCAGUACUAAGUCACAUUUCAUGUUCAUUUUACCUUUAUCUAUUAAAAUGGUGCAUUUGGUUACCCAAUUACUGACAGGCCUAACUAUCACAAGGUGGAGGGAGUAUACAAUGAGUUCAGGUUUGGCAAACAAAUAUUCUAGGCAACAGCCCAGUGAUUGUUUGCCAUACUGUCUCUCAAGGGAAUCUUUUACUCUCAGUAGUAACUGCUGGGAAAGGUAGAUAGCCUUCAGGUGGCUUUAUACAAAUCAGGUAUAUUUUGCUCCCUAAAAUGCAUCUGGCAAUGACUGCAUGAAACAGCAGUGUAGAUUUUCACUGGAUUUAAACAUUUAGUAAUAACCUUUACUUACAGUUUUGCAUAUGUAGGAAUGAGCAAAAUGCAUUUCCUUUCCUUUGCUCAUUUCAAUGACAGUAUCCAAGCUCCUCUGACUGACAGUGUUUCAGUGAACCAUGACAAUCCUCUGGUCAGAUACUGACAGCCAACUAAAGAAGAAAGCUGAUGGCAAGAAUGCAGUAAUAGUUUGUGGGUAAAGCCAUCAGUCACAGAAAUGGUUCAUACAUCUGAAAGUAAUACAAAGACGUUGAUUUAUAAGUAGUUUUUGAAUAUAAAGAAAAUGUACUCUCAAAAAGAUCACUACAAGUUUGGUACUGGUGACAUACAAUCUUUUAAUGAAGUAACGUUUGACUCAGCCACUGGACAGCAAACAGAAGCCAUCUGAGCCACAGUUAAUUACAGAAUCAUAACACAAGCCUGUUGUUUCACUUUCUUAAAUAUAUACCUAUACCAGAAGUACAGUAAGAACAGAUAACUUGUUUGUUAUGCAUGAGGAUUCUGCUCUGUAAAUCGCAGCAUGUCCAUGUCAAAUGUAUGUUGUGUUUACUUGUAAGUAUGUAUGUGUGUCUUAGUGUGUGUUUAUAUGUUUCUUGUAUCAUUUUACACUAGACCCACUCCAAGGGUAUAUUUUUAUGAAUUAUCUAAUAACUUUAUUAAUGAAAAUGUUGUAGGGAAAACAGAAAGUGAGAGAAAUUGCAGAGGAAUGUGCUGCUUUAAUAUGACUGUGAGUUAAAAUUAUGACUUUCAUAAUCAGAAACAAGCAUGACUACUUUUUUUUUACCUGAAAAUGUGAAUACCGUAAACAAAACUCACAUGAGCUCAUGUCUGUCUAUUGUCUGCUAGGGGUGUCUUUGUAAUAUAAUUGUCUCUACUUAGACAGCAUCUGCUUCUGUGACAUUUCUGUUGUAGCUUUUUCUAUUUUAGAAGCAGAUCAAAAGCCAUAUUUGCUGCUCAUUGUAGUAGCAGCGUUUGAAGAGCUGUAUAACUGAGGACAGCUUUAAGAAAUACAUUAAGAAAAGUAAGUGGACAGGACUGUAACCCAACACUAAACAACCGACUGACAGAAGUGGGUGGAUGUUAACACAACUGUCGUAGUGCCAUGUGAGAACAGCAGGCUUGUGGCAUACAGUAAACAACAAGCCACAAGUCUCACUUGCAGAGCUCUGUCCUGUUGAAGUAAUAGCCAAUUAUGUAACGUGUGGCGGCUAGAAAAGCAAGUCUGCUUCCUUAGGAGCAUGGCUGCAGAAUGCUAAAGGCUGAUCUGGACAGGACAAUUGUAAGAAGACCAGUAUUCAACUGUAGAAAAGGCUUAUUCAAAGAUAUUGAGGUUAUGUAGGCUAGCCUCAAGUUUCAAGGGGUUGGGAAGCUACAGCCUGAGAAUAUUUCAUGUCCAGAAAUGCCCUAGCGCUGUGUGGGGUAAUUGUCAGUCACUGGUUCUGUAACAAGGAAAAACGUACACAGUGUAUCAGACAGGACUUCAGAAAGCCACUCAGUUUGCAGAGUGUUGGUGUUUGAACUGCUCUCGUGGCUUUGGAUUUCAGUGCCUGAAAAUAAAAAGGGCACAAAAACAUGGGUGCAGGCCCUCAUGUUUGACCUCUAAGACACACAGAAUUCUAUAAAGCCUACAUGCAGGACCGCCAGGUAAAGAACAUCAGUCAGCCCUUUCUGUUUGUGUAAUGGAAAUAAUCCAACACAUUAAACUAUACUUUUUUUGUAAAUAAAAAGUACCAUACUUAACAAGCUGCAAUAAAGAGUAUAAAUGUACUGAGUUUACUA